CCGCCCCUCCCCGGUCAGUAGUUACAGUCACUUCUCUUUUCUUCUUCCUCUCUUCACUCCUGCAGGAAACAUGAUGGUCUUUGGAUUAAAGUCGCUGUUUGUGAUUCUGCUGCUGUUUCCGGCCACUCUGCUCUCCGGAGGUGGAGUUUAUGCAGAACCUGAAGAUGAAGUGAUAGAUGAAGCAUCAGAUGGAGCAGUGGAGGAAGAGGAGGAAGAUGAAGAGGACGAGGAAGUUCUGGUGGAAGAACCUCAGACAGGAGACAGGGAUGUAGAUGAUGCCGAUGAUUUAGAUGAAGAUUCUCAGCCAGCAGACGUGACGUCUCACCCUGACGCAGACACCACCAUCAUCUUUGUCACAGGAGAAGAGUUUCCAGCCAAUGAGAUCGUGAAGUUUCUGGUUGGUUUCAGUAAUAAAGGCACUCAGGAUUUUACUGUUCGCUCUCUUGAAGCAUCGUUUCGUUACCCACAGGAUUAUCAGUUCUACAUCCAGAACUUUACAGCUCUGCAGUUGGAUGCCGUGGUGCAGCCGGAGAGACAGGCAUCGUUUGAGUACUCGUUCAUUCCCGCUCAGCCGAUGGCCGGUCGUCCGUUCGGUCUGGUGGUCCUGCUGAACUACCACGACUCUGAGGGAAAUACUUUCCAGAGUGCCAUUUUUAACCAGACGGUGACGAUCACGGAACAGGACGAGGGCCUGGACGGAGAGACGAUGUUCAUGUACAUCUUCCUUGGUGGUUUGAUCUCUCUAAUGCUCUUUGGCACGUAUCAGGUGCUUGAGUCCCGCACGAGGAAAAGAAUUCCGGUGAAGGUUGAAACAGGCACCGGAGGGAUGAACAAUGUGGACAUCAGCUGGAUUCCACAGGAAACGCUUAACAUCAUGAAUAAAGCGUCUCCGAGAGCUUCACCGAGAAAACGUGCCAGGAGGACAGCAGGAGCUACAGAUCAGUAACACCAACACCAACCAGCACCACAACAUCAUCACAUUUGCAGCAUUCGGCAGACGCCUUUAUCCAGAGACACUUACACUUAAUCACAUUUUAUAUAAUUGAUGGUUAAGGGCCUUGCUCAGGGGCCCAGCAGUGGUAGCUUAGAGGGUUCAAACUCACAACCUUCUGUUCAGUAAUCUAAGCACAUCCCCCACAUUGUGUCAGCUCUACCCUCAUUUCCCUUUCACCGUUUCCAUGACCGCUCUGUGUUAAAUCAUCUUCUCAACAUUUCUGAAGAAGCUCCACUGCAGUUCUGAUGAACCUUCCUCAAGAGGAACUAGAAGGUAUUAUCAUGGGCUCCAUUUCAAACCACAAAACCAUUGGAUUGAGUGUUAGAAUAUAAACCUAGUGCACUAGAGCUCUGUCUAGUGCACUAGAGCUCCAUUCAGAACACAGCCCAUGAUGAAGAGCAGCAGGCUUUACACCACAGACAGGAAGACAAACACUGCACUGUCAGGUUCAGGUGUGUGUAUCAGUAUUAAUAAAGAACAAAUGGAACACAAACACCCAGUCGAGUGUAAAUGUUCAGAAACGAUCAGCGCUGCUGUGUGUCACGGUGUUAAACUGGUGAUUAUCUGUUAGCUACAUUAGCUUUGUAGCUUCAUUAUAAAACUAGAAGCAGUAUUUAUCACUGAUUAUGCAAUGAGUAGAAACUCAACAUUAAUUACAUUUACAUCUACUCUUAUUAUUAUUAUUAUUAUUAUUAUUAUUAUUAUUAUUAUUAAUAAUAUUGUUGUUGUUGUUGUGCCAUAAAAACCUGUCAGACUGUGAGAUGAACACAGUCCACUCCUGUGUGUGAUAAAGUGUUGGUGCUGCUGAAACAUCUGUAAUAAAGUGUGAAACUGUUUGUA